GUUCAAGUGGUCGCUAAGGCGUUGUGUGUUCAUAAUCGGAGCGUGACGUAUUCAAGCUUUCUCGGAAACAUUGCGAGGUUAUUAAUUGGCUUGACUGUCGAUUUAGAAGACAGAAGACGCUGAGAAUACCUGCGCAUUUGAAGGCGAAAGGGAAACGACAAAACCGAGAAAAAGCAACCAAACAAGCAGAGACGAUGUCAAAGCAACUAAACAUUCAUCUUUUUAACUGUGACCGUACAUAUAAGCUAAAUGUCGUCGAAGAUUGGUUGAACGCCAUUGUAAAUUCAUCUAAAGUAGUGUCCCACUACUUUCCGCUUUCUGAGAUGGCUCAGUUAAGUGAUAAAGGCAUUCGGGAGCUUGAGAUGAACGUAGCAGUGUUUGUUGUGCAUGCACAUGAAUCUCGGCUCUCCAUCAACGAAGAGAACGCUGGUAUUGGAUACGCUAAGCUUUACAAAGCUUUGCUAGAGAAAACAGGUAAAGAAUAAUAAGUAAAUGCAUCCUAUACUAUGCAAAUAGGAUGAAUUUUACUAUCUAGUUUAUAUUGAAAGUUUUUAUGCACGGAAAUCUUAGUGAAAUCGAGCCAAAAUUUACAUGCCGGAAGUGUCUCAGAAGCGAAAGUGGUUAAUUAGUCUGGGGGGAGGGGUGCUUUGUUUUUCGACUGGUCGGGAUGAGGGAACUCUAAUGCCCGCACCUUAAGGUGGCUGAACACAGUUUUGUGUGCGGUCAGCGGUAACUCGCGUGACGGCGCGUGUUUUAAAUUGGACAAACAAACAUGGCGGCGAAAAAACACUGGUACACAGAAGACGAUUUCUCAAAAUCUACUCAUUCAAAUUUUCUGAUAUUUGGCAGAAUAUUUACUUUUAUCCUAUUUUAAAUAAUGAGAACUUUAAAAUGGAAGUUGAACAGACGAAUUUUGUGACACAUUUGAUAAUUACAGUUCAAUUAUAUACCUGGAUUUUUGAAAACCGGGUUUGCAAAAAUAUCAACUCAUUCUACUAGUUGGCAAUUUAAAACAACAAAACUCGUUCAAAGGCCGAUUAAAAGCGUUUAUCUGACCCCGGGCAGUAAGUUAAUGGUCCCUAGAAGCAUUCCAACGAGUCCAAAUUUAAAAUUACGCAAAUUUUAGAACAUUUAUUCAGUAAUCUGACUUCGCGAAAGAGUGCUUGGUUAAGGCUUACAUAACAACUUAAAUAGUUAGCAAAACACAACUUUUUUUCGCGGUCCGGUAAACAACAGGAUUUCGCAUGGAAUAGACAACAAACUGAAUGAAACAUGGUGCACAAAUUAUCACCUUCUUAUCUGCCAAAAUCGGCCUAUGGUUCAAUGCCAUCAGAGCCCGCUGAAACUAGACCUAGAUCCAAUUUUCCUAAGUCGAGAGUUGCUUUUACAAGGUACAAUCAGCUAAGCUAAACACCGACGAAACAGUAUUAAUGGCUGGCACAGAAUAUUUGGCCAAACCGCAGUUCAACCAGGCGAUCACAUACCUGUCAACACCAUGCGGAAAUAACACAAUCACACACUUUCGCGGCACUGAUAAGACUAUCCACAACCACGCAUAAUCUUCUCGCGUUCAACAUAAGCGAAAUAUCAUCGAAUAACUCGGAAAAACUCGGCCUAUUGCAAAUAAACACCUCUGGACUUUUCUCUUACACUCGUCUUAUUCAAGUUCCCGGAUGUAGAGUCACACGGUCGGCGGGGACCAUCUUAGCCUUGUUUUCACACCAGAAAAAUCUAAGUCUUGGCCCGGGUAAAAGAUCGCCUGCAAUUUUGCUAGCACCUAAUUCAUUUGACUCCUAGGAGCCUGUUCCCGAGACCAAAGACUUAGUGGUCACCUUAGAAAAGCGAACAAUAUCGUACCUUUCUGUCUCAGCCCGGAUCAGGGUGAUUGAUCCGUUGAGGCAAAUGAAACGAGAAUAUAAUACGAUAUUGGACGAUGCAGACUCUGCGAAUCGUAAUUACUUUGUCCCGUGUCAGAACUUUACAUGAUGGUCUCCGGGAAACUUUUCUCAAGGUGACCAAUAUCUAAAACUAAACUGUUAAACGGCCCCGAGACCAGCUUUAGGCGCGCACUGAUUUCAAAUAACUGUCACUUGUAUUAAAGAGAGAAUUGUGGGUAGAGACCAAAAAAAUUGGGGCGGGGGGUGGGGGAGGGGGGGGGCGUUCGGAUAGUAAUUCUGUCCACAUCCACUUCUACACAAAUCCCUAAACACAAAAAAAGCAAAAACAAACGACAUAAGCAAGCAACAGAGUAAACAAGCUGUUAGACAGGGGAAGUUGAGAAAAAUUACAAAAUGUUUGCUAACCCGGUUUUCACAACUCCAGGUAGAAUUAUUGAUUAUCUUAAAACCCGUCCGUUAAAAUUUGGCCAAAUAAGUUUCAAAUGGUAAUGAUUAUAUAUAGUAAGCUGUGUGCAAGUUUAUAGGAAAUCUAAUGAGCGAAGUUUAUGUAAACUGAGCAAAAGUGGAAUUUUAAGGUUGUAUUCAAUCGUUCAUGUUGCCAU